GGUAUUUUCAUGCUCUAUUCCCGUCAGAGUGAGUGAGAACUCAAUGAUGGAUCCACUGAUAGGAGCCUUGUAUCCUUCUGAUGGGUUCCCAUCGGACGAUCAGUCAAUAUCUGCUGUUGUAGAUCAUUGUUUAGUUUCUAGACCAACUUUUCAAAGCGCACCUGACAGAUGUGGAGAGAUGCAUCAUUUGGUUGAUGUUGCCCCAUUUUCAAAUGAAUGUCAUGAUGCACCGGACACCGAAGAGACUGAAUUCUCCGAUGCAGUCUUCGAAUACAUAAGUCGCAUACUCAUGGAAGAAGACAUAGAAGAGAAGACGUGCAUGCUUCAAGAUUCUUUGGAUCUGUUGUCAGCUGAAAAAUCCUUUUAUGAGGUCCUUGGCCAAAAGUACCCGCCUUCACCUGAGCCAAGUCGCACGAAUUGUAUUACCUACAAUGACAAACAAUCGAAUGACAGUCUCUUAGACAGCACUAGAUAUACAAGCACUGUCAGCAGUAGAAAAACCGGACACUAUGCCAAUGUUCGUCAGGUUGAAAAUCCAAGCAAUUAUGGUACUCUGAGUUUUGAAAAAGAUAUUAGUCCAGCGGCGUUUAAACCUAAUCGAGGGGGUAAUGCACAGAGGCUUGACUUGUGUGGUGAGAACCAAUUCGUACGGCAGUUUAGGAUGGGGGUCGAGGAAUCCAGCAAGUUUCUUCCUAAUCAAGCAACUACCGAACUUCUACAUCAGGAACCACACGGAAAGAUUGACAAAGUAGACCGUCUCGGUGCAUGGAAGAGAAAAGAGAGUCUCCAUAGGGAGGAAGGGAACAUGGAAGAGAGAAGUACCAAGCAGGCUUUUGUUCAUGAAGAAUCCAUACUUCGCUCAGAUGCUUUCGACGUGGUUCUACUUAACAGCCAAGGGGAGGGCCUGGCGCAUCUUAUGAAUCUCCGUGCAUCGUUGAAGCACAGAGAGAAUGAAAUCGCACACAAGAUCGAAGAGCCCAAAGGUGGCAGAGGUCGUGGCAAGAAGAAAAGAGGGAAAGUGGAGGUAGUCGAUGUGAGGAUGCUCCUCAUCCGAUGUGCACAAGCUGUGGCAUCAAAUGAUCAUAGGAGCACGAAUGCUCUGCUGAAUGAGAUCAGGAAACACGCCUCGCCUUUUGGCAAUGGGACCCAGAGACUCGCUCACUACUUCGCUAAUGGUCUUGAGGCGCGGUUGGCCGGCACAGGCAGCCAGAUAUAUAGAGGCCUCGUCAAUAGGAAAACAACAGCAGCUGAUAUGCUGAAUGCGUACCACCUGUACCUUGCAGCCUGUCCAUUCCAAAGAUAUUCUAACGUGGUCUCGAUCACGUCGAUUUUAGAUACAGUGGCAGAUGAGAUGAGGAUUCAUAUAAUUGAUUUCGGCAUUCUUUAUGGAUUCCGAUGGCCCACUCUGAUUCAGCGCCUUUCCCAGAGACCUUGUCCACCGAAGCUCCGGAUCACUGGCAUAGACUUGCCUCAACCUGGAUUCAGGCCCGCAGAAAGAGUCAAGGAAACGGGUCAGCGCUUGGCAAAUUACGCUGGAAGUUUCAACGUGCCGUUUGAGUACAACGCCAUUGCGAAGAGGUGGGAGUUCAUUGAACUCGAGGAACUCAAGAUCGAUAGGGACGAGGUGACUAUAGUCAACUGCAUGUUCAGGUUUGAGAACUUGUUCGACGAGACCAUCGCGGAAGAAAGUCCGCGAGACAUUGUCCUCAACCUGAUAAGAAGAGCCCAGCCGGAUCUCUUCAUCCACGGUGUUGUCAACGGGAACUACAAUGCCCCGUUCUUCGUCACUCGGUUUCGGGAGGCUUUACAUCACUUCUCUUCUCUAUUCGACAUGCUUGACAAUAUAAUACCCCACGAAAACGAGGAGAGGAUGCUGAUCGAGAAGGUUACGUUGGAGAGGGAGGCGUUGAAUACGAUAGCCUGUGAGGGAUGGGAGAGAGUGGAGAGACCGGAGUCGUACAAGCAGUGGCAAUUACGCAACAUGAGGGCCGGGUUUGUGCAGGUGCCCUUAAGCAGGAGGCUAGCGCAGUUCGUAUUCAACCAGAUGGCUUCGCGCUACCACAAAGAUUUCGUCGUAGAUGAAGUCGGCAAGUGGCUGUUGAUAGGAUGGAAGGGACGGUUUCUAUACGCCUUUUCUACUUGGAAACCGGCAUAGCGAGAUCGGUGCGUGCGCAUUGUUAAAGGAGCAAAAAUGAGGCCGUCACUAACAGCACCUGUCAAAAAUCAGAAGAUGACCGGGGAUGUCGGAAUCCCUUCAUCAUUCUCCUCAACAUGUUUAUACCUGGGUUUUUACCCAGGUAUGAGCUUUGCCAAUGUUGUGAUUGGCUUGAUUGCAUUGACUGAAUGGUUGAAUUGAUGAAACCGACACCCAUAGUGGCCGGAGGCGACCAGAAGAGGCGGCGACCAAAUGGAGCCAUGGUGUUUUUGGGCCAAUGUCCAAGCCAGCCUUAAUUCUUGUAAUAGUUUAGCUUAAAUUAAUUCCAGUUAGCCUAGUUUAGACGUUGGUAGCUUAAUUAGCAUAUGCUUUGUUAAAUAAGAUCAAUUGGACUUAACCUCACAUUCAAAUAAACGAUUAGAAUUGUCUAGCUUUGAUUUCACCUUAUUCGAUU